AUGGCGGUGUCUCACAACGAGGUGGAGAUCGAAAACUUUCAAUAUGACAAGGACUCAGAGACAUAUUUCUACCCCUGCCCCUGUGGGGAUAACGUCUCCAUCGCCAAAGAUCAGUUGGUGUGUGGAGAAACAGUACCAGCCUUUCAGGCAACAGAGUUAGUUAAAUGCUGA